CGGUUGUGGAGCAAAAGUCGAAUGCCGAUUUCUCACUUGCAGUGAAAUUUGAUUGAGAAAAACAAUAAAAAAGUGUCAAAUUACAAUAAAUACACAAAGUUUGGUAAACUAUAGUGCGAGAAAAACAUACUGCAAUUCCAUUUCAUGAGUGUAUUAUCAAUAACCUUAAGAAAACUCCGUGAAAGUAAUUCUAUUCUGCGCCGCCUAUAAAACUUCUUUCCCUAACCAUCAAUGCCUAGCAAGGUGCUCCAAUUGGAAGGCUCUGUGUGUGCGUGUGAAAAGAACACAACUAAUGUGUUUGCUUGGAUGCAUUAAUAUAGAGUGAAAGUGAUAGCAUAAGCAUAUUUUUACCUUUGACUAGACGUUGCGAAUCUUUAAAAUAAAAUAGCAAAAAAACAUCGUGUUAAAAAAACACACUCAUUUAUAACUGUCAAAUAAAUGUCAAAUGCGCGAAUUUGACAUUUUCAACGUUUGCAUUCACCGUCUGAUGUAAAAAACUUUCUGGAAAAAUAAAAAAAUUUCCCAGCACCAGCAACAACAAAUCGAACGGAAUUUUGUUAAAGUACGAAAGUAAUAAUAAAGGCGCAUUCAAACGCAAAUAACCGUGCAUAAAUUAAUUAUAUUUCUGUGAUUGCUAGACGCGUUUAGGCGCUAUACACCUUACACCACAUUAACCAACAUUUUCGGUGUUUCGUCAGGACAGUGCCGUCACCACGCAAAAUGUUAAUAAAUUUAAGAGUAAAAACGCUCGAUGCUCAAACGCAUGACUUUAGUAUUGAUAAUGAGUUGACUAUUCGCGAAUUUAAGGACAAAAUCGCUGAGAAAACCAACAUUUCCGCUGACCAACAACGUAUCAUUUAUUGUGGUCGUGUUCUUGCCGAUGAGAAACAAUUGAAAGAAUACGAUGUUGAUGGAAAAGUGGUUCACGUGGCUGAGCGUCCACCGCCAUCACAGCGUGGUCCCUCUUCUUCCAAUUCAUCUUCGAACGAUACACCCAACACACGUGAACGCACCAACAAUCGCGGAAUGCGGAAUUCUCCUUUGUUUAGAGCACUAGACGGCAUGGUUGUUGGAACUAUGGCAAUACCAAUGAAUCCUGUUCAAAAUAACGGGCAACAGCAGGUAAAUCCAUUUGCUGCUUCUUCGUCAUUUUGUAUGAACCGCAUAACAGUGGCCCGGCAUAUGUUAGACUGUGCAAAUAAUAUUGCCGCCUAUUUGGAAGAUCCGGAGCGGGGUCUUAAUAACGCCUCUUUGGAUAUUUUGGCGCGAGGCAGCUGGACCAUGGAAUCCACUGUAGUUGAAGUGGGUUUUACCGCUGCUGAUUUGCCACAAAAUCAAAAUAUUGUGGAAAUGGUACAAGAUGCUGUCUCAGCAGCGUUACGUCGCAACAGCAACACAAACGUAACUGUAGUGCAAUUACCCACAGUCUUUGGUUCCAACGAGGGUGAAGCUGCCGCCACGAAUGGUGCCGAAGGUGUGGCAAAUAUGGAUGCAACUGAGAGUAAUGCUUCUGUUGAUGCGGAUGUGGAUGCUGACGGCGAUGCCGAUGCUGCCGCUGCUGUUAUUAUAGAAGAUGUUAUUGAUGAUGCUUACGAAGGAGUUGCUGCUAAUCUUAGCCUUGCUUCCGACACUACUGGCACCAGCUCUACUAAUAAUACCACAUCAUCUACUAACACAACAUCUGAUGCAUCUACAACAGACAUCUCGAGUGCAUCUACAACAACUGGUACAAACACGGAGGAGAAUCCCUCACGUCGCCGCACCAACACACGAGUUUUGGCGGAAGUGGUCGAACAAAUGCGCACUGUACAGACUCGUCUCAAUCCUUUCAUACAGCAAUUCUACGAAUUGUUAAAUAAUGAUCCAACAUACGAGGAAGAGAAUACAACCGAUCGCGAUAAUGCACAGCGGCUUUACAAUCGCGUUUCCGAGGCGCUACACUAUAUGUCGCAUGCCCAGCAUGCCAUAUCCGAUUUGAUGUUGGACGUAUCACAGCCAGCACCGCGUUUUCUCACUUGUCGCCCGAUAUUGGUUGAGCAAAGCGGUUAUGUUAGCUCCAAUAAUUAUUUAUCCGCUGCUGCAGCGGCUGCCGCUGCCGCCGCCUCUGGUAAUAAUCAACAGCGUCCUCGUUCGCGCACCACCUUUAUAUCACCACGUCGCGAUCAUGCUGUCACCAUAACAACCCUUUCACCACCUACCACUGCAAGCGGUAAUGCCAAUAGUACAGCAAGUGGCAAUACUCCUGUUACUGCCGAAGCAGGCAACAGCAGUGGUUAUGUUAAUUCCAAUAAUUAUUUAUCAGCUGCUGCAGCGGCUGCCGCUACCGCCGCCACUGGUAAUAAUCAACAUCGUUCACGUUCACGCGCCACCUUUAUAUCACCACGUCGGGAUCAUGCUAUCACCAUCCUCUCACCACCGACUACUGCAAGCGGUAAUGCUAAUAGUACAGCAGGUGGCAAUACUGCUGUUGCUGCCGAAGCCGGCAACAAUAGUGGUGGUAGUAGCAGUGCUGGCAGCGGUGGCGCGGAUGGUAGCGCCUAUAAUAAUCGUAAUAGCAACAGCACAACUGCAAGCGCAAGUGGCAGUGGCAGUGGUAGUUCUAUUGAUGAUCCGGUUGAUGAACCAUUAACCAAUCCGAAUGCGACGAGUACAGCGGCAGCAGCGAAUGCGGCCACGCAAAGCAACGAUGAUAGUGCCAUAGAGAUUAUGCUCCAACCGAGACGCGGAUUGUAUUUUGGCAAUAACCCACAGGUGCAAAUGUCACGCCUUAUUCAGGCUAUGGUGAAUUCCGCGCCCAUUAACACUGAACUGCAUGUGCAAAUCCUACCACCCACCAUAUUAAGUGUGCCAGUGAAUGCGCGUGAUGGGAACAAUGGCAAUGGUGAGCAGCAGCAACGUGCAAACGCUGCCACAACCUCAGACGCCACAGCAACAGCUGCUACGAAUAAUAGCAACAACAAUGCAAAUGCCAAUGCAACAGGUAGCAGCAGUGGCAGCGGUAGCGGCGCUAAUGCCAACAAUAAUCAUAGCAACAAUGCAGCACCAGCCGCUGGCAUAGUUUUGAAUCCUAAUAGCGGUUAUCGUCCCGUUUCCGCUUCAUUGGCAAUUGGCACGCUGCCAACCACAUCCACACAAACACGUUCAACAUCGCGCCCGCAACUGCAGAUCGGCGGCCUACCGGCCAACGGUUGGAAUGGUCGCUUUAUACCAGCCAAUAUGAUGUCGUCGUUCGAUCGUUUCCUACCAUGCAAUAGUCACCACAUUCGGGAGCCCGAGAACGGUAAUAAUAGCAACGCCGCUAAUGCCAGUGCCCCUUCGAAUGGCAACGGCAACGCCAAUGCAAAUGCAAAUGCUUCCAUGAAUAACGCAACGCCGCACAUAAUAACCACGAAUACGAUCAAUCCACACUCUCUACGCGCAUUUGCCGAUCUCUUGCCAAAUGUACGUUCCACACCGACAGUAGGCGGUGCGCCCUCAGGUACCACGCGCACCAAUGCACCGGCACCGCCACCGCGACCAGCCCUCCCUUUCUUCUCGUUGCGUAACUUAAUAUCUGGCCAAAAUCGCAAUACUCCGACAGCUCCAGCUGCGCCAUCCACAUCCGGCACCGCUGCAGCCGCCGCCGCCUCCUCCUCGGCUUCCUCCAGUGCAGCUAACACCGACAACUACCGGCGCAAUUUGCGCACUCAGCUACAGAAUUUCGUUAAUCAGCGCAUCUUCGGCGGUGGUCCAAUCAACGAGGAGACCAUGUCACCGGCGGUUAAUCGCGCCGUCGAUUGGUUUGGUGAAUCACUGGAAUUGUUGCCACAAUAUGAGAAGCCCGAGUAUGACUCGCGGCACUCGGUCGUGAAGCUUUUGCGACACAUGCUGCCGCUAUUCAUCGAAAUCGUGCGCGAUGAGCAGAGCAAUUUGGCGGCGUUCGAGCAGCGCAUCAAACGUGCUUGCGAAGACUUCGUUAAACGUCUGUACAGCGUGUUAUAUGUGUGUGUGGGCCGCAAUAAUGCCCAACAAUAUUGGGUACAAUUGAUGCGUUUACUCUGGGUGCCGACGCGGUCAUAUUUCCGAGGUGAAGCUCUACGUUUCUUAAGCAUGUACAUUAACACAGUGAAUCCAUCCAACACGGACACAGCUGAUGUACAACAAUAUAUUGUACAUAGAGAUGUACCCAGCGUGGCGCAAUCAGAUGCAGAGUCAUUCGUAACUCCACCGCAACCUUUCAAUUUACAGCCCCUGGAAACCGAUGUCGAAAUGGUCGAAGUGGCGUCUACAUCCGAAGCAAACCCGCAUAGUCAAUUCUCAAUAGACAUCGACGACGCCGACGCCGACGACGAUGUAGAACUCGAACUUGCGCCUGCCGAACCAUUACCCAACGUUAACGCCGGCUCCGAGCCGUGGCAUAGAAAUUUCCCCACUGACUGGUUGCCGAUCAUAACACGUGAUCUACAUACACAAAGUGCAAAUCCGCCAAAUCAGACACCGUUCUCGGAUGCGUACAUAUCAGGCAUGUCGGCCAAACGAAGGAAAAUGAUACAGAACAACAAACCGCCAACCGAUAUCAACGCACUCGUAGCACGCAGUGUGCGCAAAGCCAUACAGACUGUGGGACCACGCGCGUCCACGACAGCCGCAGCGGAAUCACUAACGGCCGAGGAAAUCACAGAAGCAAUCGCCAACGAUGCGACGGUGCACACUUCAUUUAGGGAUGCGGUGCGUACGAAUGUGCGCGAACGCUUGCAGAAAGACACCAAUUACAAAGCUGAGAAAUUUCCGCAUACCGCAAAGUUCGUUAACAAAUAGAAAUCAUAGUUUGGUGCUUCGUAGGCAAUGAGCAUAAAUACAUACACACACUAUAUUUAAACAUGAAAAGCAAAAAAGAAGAAGAAGAGGUGAAAAGGAAAAAAAAAACAUUAGCAUGUAUACGCGAAUUACAAGUGACUCAAACGAAACUAAGUUAUAUAAUAAUAAAUCUUAAUGACAGUGACAAUGAACGAUGAGGCAGUUAAUAAGCAGUUGCUGGUACUUGUUAUACAAAAACAAAAACGAAAACAAAAAAAAAAUAAUUGAUUGUAUGUAACUAUAUUUUAUUUUUAUCAUUUUUAUUUAAGUUUAUGCGUUUACUUAUUGAUAAAUUAUGCAUUCAGCGAAACAGGUGGAAAAAGAGAACAGCCGUUAGUGGAAAACAAAACAAAAGAAAAUACUAAUUAAAAACAAGAAAAUUGUACUUUAUACGAUAUUAAUACAUAUAUUAUUAAAGAAAAAAAAGAUAAAUUGAAACACUAAGAUUUCACGCAUAUUGAGAACUAAGUUUAAUUAAGGCAGACAACCCACAUUUAGAGAAAGCAAAACAGACGCAUAACAAAGAACUUUAACAAGAUUCACACAUUUAUGUAUAGUGCAUAUAAAAAAUAAGGCAAAUAAAAUAUAAUCCAAUGCACUUGUAUGUGCAAAUAAA